AUGGUGGAAGAAACUGAAAUGAAUGAAAAUUUAUGCGCUAUGAUCACUGAAUGUAAUUUAGUUGGAAAUCCAAAUGAAUGGUGGUUUUAUUCAAGGGCCACUAGACAUGUCUGUGCAGACAAAGAAGCUUUUUCUACUUAUCAUAUUGUUGGUCCAAAAGAAGUGAUCUUCUUAGGAAAUACUGCAAGAGCCAAGGUUGAAGGAAAAAAUGGUGCCAACAACUCUUCUUCUUGGCAUCAAACUAAUGCACUGUCAGCAACUGCACCCAUGAAGACUCAAGUCAUUCAUUUCCAUUCCUCAGCAACAUGGAAGCUCCAUUUUGAUUCUUUGAAAGAAACUAAUAAAUUGAUUGUUACUGACUUCACAGCUUCAUGGUGUGGUCCCUGCCGACACAUGGAGCCAAUUAUCAAUAACUUUGCUGCUACUUAUACAGCCGUCGAGUUCAUUAAGAUUGAAGUGGAUGAACUGGCUGACAUAGCUCAAAAAUAUGGGGUGCAAGCAAUGCCAACAUUCUUGCUGAUAAACCAAGGGAAAUUAGUUGAUAAACUUGUGGGAGGAGAUAAAGUUGGGCUGCAGAACAUGAUUGAAAUAAACAGAGCUUAA